AUGCUUCAGUAUCUGGACCCAGGUUCUUGGAAAAUUCCUCCACCCAGCAGUUUAGAUGUGAAGCCUCAGUAUGUUCAUCAUCUGGAACCAAACCCUCCACCAGAGAUCAGCCACUCCAUACCUCAAAAGAAAGGUGCUCACAUCAUUUCCAUUUCACUGAUGAAUACUGCAGACAAAAAACAUUUUUUUAAGAACCAUUAUUUGUGAGAUAUAUGUUCAUGCAUUGUUUUUUUUAAUGAUUCUUGUAAAAAAAAAAAAAACAGGAUGUACAGUGGUGUGAAAAAGUGUUUGCCUCCUUCCUGAUUUCUUAUUUUUUGCAUGUUUGUCACACUUAAAUGUUUCAGAUCAAAGUCAAAGACAACACAAGUGAACACAAAAUGCAGUUUUUAAAUGAAGGUUUUCAUUAUUAAGGGAGGAAAAAAAAUCCAAACCUACACGGCCCUGUGUGAAAAAGUGAUUGCUCUCCUUGUUAAAACAUAACUUACCUGUGGUUUAUCACACCUGAGUUCAAUUUCUCUAGUCACACCCUGGCCUGAUUACUGCCACACCUGUUCUCAAUCGAGAAAUCACUUAAAUAGGACCUGCCUGACAACGUGAAGUGGACAAAAGAUUCUCAAAAGCUAGACAUCAAGCUGAGAGCUAAAGAAAUUCAGGAACAAAUGAGAGAGAAAGUAAUUGAGAUCUAUCAGUCUGGAAAAUGUUAUAAAGCCAUUUAAAGCAUUUUGUGUUCACUUGUUGUCUUUUGACUGAUUUCAAUUUGUUUGAUCUGUAACAUUUAAGUGUGACAAACAUGCAAAAAAAUUAAGAAAUCAGGAAGACCUUUUCUUUUUCUUUUCAAACACUUUUUUGCACCACUGUAUAAAGUAUUAAUUUGCACAUUGUUCAAAACAGUAUACAAAUAACUUUCAAGUAAACAAACCAUUGAACUUUUCAUAACGCUUCUGUUAUAUUAAUUACCUCGUCAUUUUAGUUUAAAUCUUGUAUAAACAGUAAACUAGCAAAACUCAAAUCACAACUUCGAUAGGUUUUGAUGUCUACACUGUUACUCCUUCAAUGUAUUUGUGUUUGAAAGUUAGUGUCAUACACCUACAGUGCAAUAUUGUCAUCAAUAGAGAUGCAUUCAUGUAACUGUAGAGCAUCUUUUUCAUCUAAAAAAAGUUCAUGAGUUUAAAUUAAGAAAAAGCAUAAGCUGAAAAAAGAUUAGACAUCACUCAGUGUGUGUGUGUGUGUGUCUGCGUGCGUGCAUGUGCUUUCCUCACAGAUGUAAAACAGAGGUGUGUAAAUUACACUGUGGCUGCUGUGUUGAGCCUGCUACUCCUGCUCCUGCUGGCUGCCAUUCUCCUUGGUUAUUACUGUGAGUUCAAGAUUUAUCUCUGUAACGCUACUUAUGUGGACUCGACCUAGAGUAAAAAAAAAAGAAUGCACAUACUGUGCACGGAUUUACAGUAAUUCAUUCCACCUAUUCUUGUGUGUCCUCCUGUGUCCUAGACUCCUCACCCUGUAUGCACGGGAGGCGGUGUGGCAGUGAGGGCUGCGUGUGGGAGUCUCAGUGGUGUGAUGGAGUGGUGGACUGUCCUGCAGGCCAAGAUGAAGCGAACUGUGGUAAAGAGCUUAUUUCUAAUUUAGGGGACACAUCUAGGAAAACUGUUGUUGUGUUCAGUACAAAGACAUAUAAGGGGCAGCUGUGACUCAGUAGUAGAUUAGGUAGUCUCUCAAUAGGAAGGUUGAAGGUUAGAUCCCAGGUCCCACAAGUGUUCAUAGGCAAGUCAUCGAUACUGUUCUGCCCCACUAGUUGUAUCCAUUGAUGUCUUAAUGAAUACUGAUAGUGCUUUGAAUAUCAGUGUGUGAAUGUGGUGUGACAGGGUGAAUCUGAACCGUGAAGUUAAAGUGCUUUGAGUGUUCAGAGGACUAGAGAAAGGGCUUCAUAUACAUAUUUUAUAUAUAUUGAUUAUUAUUUCAGUUAUUUUUUGGUGAGAUUACAUCAAAUUUCUGUAACCCUUUUUUCAGUUGUGUUUUUAUUGUAUUCAAAUUUUUAAAAAAGUCAUUCAUACAGUUUAUGAACUUCAUUUGAAAGACAAUUCAAACUCAGAUUAAAAAGCAUCAAACUUGUCUUGCUUAAAUAUUUUCAUUUCCCAUGCUAUAUCACCCCACUUUAUCUUUGUUCUACUACUUCACAAACUGUCUCUGUUGUUUGGGCUCAGUGAGGGUGUUUGGUUCAAGUUCCCUACUUCAGAUCUACUCGACUCGGAGUCAAACCUGGAGGACAGUUUGCUCUCAGGGCUGGAGCGACAUACAGGGUGGAGCAAGCUGCUUGCAAAUUGGAUACAGCAGGUAAGAUGCUGAGAUUAAAGAUUUUAAAUCUAAAGAAUCAAAUGUUUUAAAUAAAGUUGUGCUCUUUUGUUGUUUGAUUUGGAAGGGGAACAUAUUUCAAAUCAGGUCACAAACAGGUCGACUCUGACAAUGGAUUUGCGAUAGUGAAGUCCAACUUUAAGCCUGAUGUAUCUCUUCUGCAACAGUAUGACCUGAGGUUAGUGAUACACGAAUAAACAGGUAUAAAUACGCAAAUAUUGAUCAGCUAUAGACCCAGAUACAUGUCAGUGUUUUUCCCUGCAGCAGUACAUGUCCGAACAACAACGCAGUGACAUUGCUUUGUACAGGUAUGUAAUUCAACAACAUGGUAGCUUAAUUUUUGUUUAAAAAGGACACAUUACCAGGCCAACAUCACAAGACUUAAGUUUUCAAAAUACACUCUGGUUUUCCACUCUUUUACUAUGCCCACAAAGGAUUCUUACUGGGCUUGAAUUGACUCAUAAAAUAGCCCUGUCACAAAUAUCCUCUCUCAAUAUCACAACAUCAAUUUCAUCCACAGACUGUGGAGGAGGGAUAAACUCAAGUAGAGCUACAAGGGGCCAACCUGCAUCUCAGGGGUCCUGGCCAUGGCAGGUCAGCAUGCAGGUUGCAGGUUCCCACCGCUGUGGAGGAGCUGUCAUCUCUCCCUACUGGAUAGUCACUGCAGCUCACUGUGUCGCCAGGUGAGGCUGUGGCUCUUUGCAUACUUCCAAAGCAGAGGUUUGAGUUUUGAUCCUGUUUGAAUUGAUCUACCCUCUGUUUUUUUUUUUGUUUUCUCGCAGUGUCUCCAGCCCAGGAGACUGGGUAGUCUAUGCUGGGGUAGUGGAUUCAUUAGGCACACUGUUUAACACUCCUCACACCGUGAGCCGCAUUAUAGCCCAUGAAGGCUUCAACAGGCAGACUCGCAGGAGUGACAUCGCUCUGAUGAGAUUGUCUAAACCUUUGGACCAAACAGGUGCCUACAAAUGCAUUUAAACAUGUAAUGUGAUGUGCAGUAUUUUCUCAAAUUCCAAAGUUGGUCCCAUUUAAAUACAUGUUGUACCUUGUCCAGAGUGCACAGAAGCAGUAGGCCUUACUAAACUACAUCUUUAGACUAUGAAUGAAGAACUACAUCUUUUUAGCUGGAUAACAACAGAUAUUAUUACUUUAUAGUUUCCAGUAAUGCUGGACCUGUGUGCCUCCCAAAUGUUGGUCUGAACUUCACCAAAGAUCUGAAAGGCUGGACAGCACAGUUUUCUAAGACUAUGAAUGGUGAGACGGGCUUUCUGUGUUUUUUUAACAGCAAGACUAUUAUGAAAACAAUAUCUCAGACAAUAAGUAUUAGGAUUUGAUGUUUUUAAGGGUUAAGAAAUUAAAUGUCAAGCCAUUUUGUUGGUCACCGGCACUGCCUCUAGGUGGAGCUCAUGGACUUUUACUCUGUUUGCCUUGAUAGUGACUUGCCCAUUUCUACAUUAAAUGUAUUUGAGGUAAUUCUGAAGCUUGAUGGACUAGAGAGUAGAAGGUGUUGAUUUUAAUGUACAAUUGUUUUGUCUCAUUUUAAAGACUCUGACUCUCUAUACCUGACGGAGGCUCAGGUGUAUCUCAUAGAUACUGCAGACUGCAACAGCUCCAUGGCUUACAAUGGUAAAAUUUCCCAGGACAUGUUGUGUGCCAAAGAGGUGGAGACAUCAAGCUAUAUGUGCCGUGUAAGUCAAACAAGUGAGACACACAUAGACACACAGAGGUAAACAAAUCUAUUUUUCAUGAGAGUUGUAAAUGACAAGUUAAAAUGCUAAAACCAGCACAAAUAAACUGGUUGUAUUGACUGAUCGUGACAUAAUACACACCCACAUAUUACACAGUACAAUCUGCUUUUUGUAAAGUGAGUAUCACAUUAUUUCCCUGCCCUCAGGGUGUACUUGUUUAAGCUUUUGCUACAAAAGCAUCCCUUUAAAAUAGAAUAAUGUAAAUUGGGAGUUGGUCUCUGAAUAGCAGUGUUCACUGAAAAAGUAAAAACUCCAGAUAUUAUGAAAACACUUGCAUUUUAUAGCUUUUUCAUAAGCAGCUUUGGUUCUUGGAGGAAUUUAAAGACCAUUCAUGCCCUUAUGUAACUUGCUUCUUGGACUCAAACAAGACCAGCUCUGUGCUAUUUACAUGGUAACAAUUUCAAACAAACAGUUCCACUUUGGACUGAAGCUUAACGUUGACAGCUCUUUUCAUCAGGCUUAGAGAGACCUUGUAAGACCUUAGAUGCUUCCGUACUUGACUAAUGUUUAAUAGUAAGAUUUCAGCAAAACACAGUUUGUUAUUUGCUUAUCACUUAGAUACACUUGAAUUUGAAUGUGAGAAUCUACUGUUUUUUGUUUGUUUGUUUUGUGCCCAACAUUUCCUCAGACUGACAGCGGUGGCCCUCUGGUGUCCUUGAAGGAUGGAGUAUGGUGGCUCAGAGGGGGCGAUAUCUGGGGGCCGAAAUGCAUAGAGCAGAACGCACCAGGUGUUUAUAGCGACAUCACCUUUUAUCUGGACUGGAUCUUCCAUCAGAUGAGGGUAAAAUACUCCACGUACUCCUUGUCUCUCCCUCUACCUCACUUUUUCAGUCAAUCCCAUAGACUGUAUAUAGAAUGGGAUAUAUUAUAUAGAAUAUUAAGGGGUUCAAGUUUUCUAUGAUUGACACCUGGUACAGCCUAUGGGCGUACAAGGCUUGCGUAGUUCACCCGGGGGAUAAGCUGUUGAUGCUGAGCGUCAUCACAGCGACUCUCCCGCCGAAAUGAGCUGCAAAUGGAAGUCAGUGAAGACACAGCAUAUAGAGUGAUGUUUUAGGCUGGUUGAAGACCAGAUGUGCGCCUUUUUGGAUUAUCUGCAGAGGUUUAAGUUUGCAUGCAGAGAGAGACUUGCAGAAGUCAAUAUGAGGUACAACGUUACUAUUACUGCUGUGCAACUUGUUGUCAAGCAGUUUAAAAAUAUUCAUAUUUUCUGCCCUCCAUGAAACAGAAGAUUAAUGUUAAACAGUCUAAGUUGUAAGAGUGUCCUCUGGGUUCAGUCUUUGUGUGUGGUUUUUUAGAGGCUCUGAAAAAGAGAAAAUACAGAAUGAAAACACAAUUUGUUCUAUUAUCAAAGUAAAAAACGCAAUUCUGCUAAAACGGUGUAGCAUAAUGCUCAAAUAUCUUCACCUACAGUCAGUAUCACUGCGGCAUCCCUGCUCCACACAAAGUGCGGCAACAUUCAUCUCUCGAAGGGGUGUCUAACGUGGUGUUGCGGUGUGUUUGACCUUAAAUUAAUUUUAUGCCGUAAUAUCUCUUUAAGUUCAGGAAGUAGUAGAUCAGUGCAUAGAGCCCAUUGCAGGGAGUAAAUGUAUAGAGUUUUCAUUGGGCUAUUUUAUACUUUUAUCCAAAAAAAAAGAUUGCGAUGAUUAUCAAUAUUGUUUUAUCAUCCAGUGCUAUCAGUAAGACAUGGUGAGAUCUGAACCAAGACUGUAAUGUUAUCUGUUGUAAAUUAAGAGCUUGGUAUCCUCUGCACAGAGUGGCACAGUGGUAUUAAUCACCUUAUGAGUGAAUAACUGCACCAAAUGAGAGUGCGUCUUGAAAAGGGGAGAAGACUCCUUGAAGAACCCUAACCAAUAGGCCAUGAGGGGAGCAGGCGCCAGAGAGUGUGAAGGGAGGGACUUGGUGGUUGACUGUGUUAAGGGCAGCAAACAGAUCAAGCAGCAGUAUGACAGAGGGCUGACCAGCAGCUCUGGCAAACUGCAGUCCUGAGUCUUUUUUCAGGAGAGUAGUUCUACUUAAAGCCAGACCAAAUUGGGUCAAAAGGUCGUUGCUUUUAUAAAAUGCUGUCUCUUAGCCAUUUUAAUCUGGAGGAGAAUUAUACAAGUUUUUGCUGAUAAUCACUCAAGUCAUUGGACCUUAUAAAAUCAAGCCACUCUCUCCCUGCUGCCAUGAGCUCAACUCCUUGUCCUCUGAUGAGCUCAGAGAUCAAGAGACUUUGAGGGUUGCAAGGAUGCUUUGACACUAGAGGGCAGAGUUUGUCCAGAGAGGAGGCGAGCGAAUAGCAGGGUGUGUCUCUUGCCAAGGCUACAGUGUGGAGUACUUGUCAGGAGGCAAGGAGAUCUUGUUAGACACUGUGAAUGGUUUUACAAACCAAAUGUUCCUAUAGCAUGAUACCACUUGUUAAGGAAGUUAAAGAAAGAUAAUAGUGAAUUUGAUCAGAUCUAUCAAAAGUAACAAGCAGUUUUUUUGUAAUUUUGAAAAAAUUGGUGAACAGUAUCAACCACUAAAUAUGUGUAGGCUUUGUUCCUUUGAUCAAAAAAUGCAAACCUUUUUAUAAAAACAUGACAUAAGACAAGACAGAAAAACUUGUACUUACAUUUGUGUUUUUCUCUCUACAGAAGUAUCAAGAUGACUGA